CUCACCUUAACCACACUUUAAGGAAUCAUGGGGGUUUCAAACUUGGAAAAAAUAAUAGAUUCUUCCUGUGAAGAAGUUGAAAUAGAAAAAGUAGAUGUCAUCAUUGAUGGGGCAGCUUUGUACUAUUUUUUGUAUUUUAACUCUGAUCCAAAGCUGGACCAGCGCUGUGGAGGAGAUUAUCCUGGAUUCAAAGAUGAGGUCUGUAAGUUCUUUACGACUCUGCACAACUGUGGAGUCACUCCUUAUGUCAUCCUAGAUGGAGCCACAGAUCGUGACAAGCGCACAACAUCUGUGUUUCGCCUUGGCGAUAAACUGGAAAAAGCAAAGAAAAUAGAGACUGGCGGUACUUUAGAAAAAGAAGAUAAUGUGUUACCACCUCUGGUCAAAGAUGUCUUCAUAGAAAUCUUAACAGAAGGCAUAAAGGGCAUAGAAGGCAUAAAGUUUAAAGUGUGUUUAGGUGAGGCAGACCCUGAGGUUGUUUCUGCUGCAAAUCAGAAACAAUGUGCUGUGCUGUCCAGAGACACAGAUUUUUGCAUCUUUGAUGUGCACAAAGGUUUCCUUUAUCUCGACAACUUUGAGUGGAAAAAAGAAAAGAAUGGAAAAAUUCCUGCUAAGCUCUACACACGUUCAAAGUUUUGUGAGCGUUUUAAAUUGGAACCUGCUCUCAUGCCAGUCUUUGCUUCAACAGCAGGAAAUGAUUAUUCAAAAUUAAAAGAUGAUAAAAAACUUAAACUUGCAGGAAUAGAAACCAGAGAUGACAUUAAAAUACUGAAAGGUAUACUGAGCUUUUUUAGUAAAGUGCCUGAAGAAAUAGAGGGAUGGGGAGGCUUGAGUGCCUCAGAGAAGAGAAGCAAAGCUCUGACUGUCACUUUAGGACAUGUUGAUGUAAAAGAGAGGCAAACAUUUGAACGCUCCAUUCAGAAAUAUGAUGAACUAGAAAAAACAGAAAACACAAGUUCUCCACCAUGGGUGUGUGAAAAAGUUGAGCGUGGAGAACUCACCAGUUUCGUCAUAAGUGUUGUGGAUCAGAAGACAAUUCUGCUGACCCCACUUGUGGAGGACUUUUCACAGCGCAGUAGUUACAAAGCUGCUUACCGCAUCAGACAGUACUUCUAUGGACUGUUAACAGGAGGUAAUAUUACUGAAUAUGACAGGGAUGGAGAAGAGAUCAAAGACUACCGUGUCACAUCAAUACUUCCCAGCAGUGAUGAACAGAAACAACUGAAACUACAGCGUCUGCAUAAGGCUCCUGAGGGUUUGCGUCGCAGGGUGUUUGAACAAGCUCUGCAGGUUCAGACAUCAGACUUAGAAAACAUCCCCGACCAGCUGAAGCUGCCAGUCUGUGUGACUCUUUUCUGGUUCAAGGGGCUACAACACCACCCAAAACCUGAAACUGUAAACUGCCUCCACGCUCUCCUACUGUGGUUUGCGUGUCACCUUGAUGGUCCAGAGGACGAGUUUGAGAGGAGGAUGAAAGCUUUAAAGGAUGAAGGUGUGAGUAUCUGGCAGCCACGUGUGGCUCAUGCUUUCAGCCAAUGGCAGUGCUGCAUGAGGCAGAGUCUCCACCUGAACCAGCUGCUGUGUUCCCCUCUACCAGAACCUCAGUGUGCACGACUUUACUGUGGACCUCUCCUUCAUCGGCUGGCAGAUGAAGACACAAUUAAACAACUAGAGAAAACACUGAGAGGAGAAAAGAAGGAAUUAUAUAAAUAUUUAAAGACCAUUCUUAAACCAAAAAGUACUGGAGAGGGGUCCUCAAGUGAGGAAGAAUGCCAACAACUGCAGAAGACUGAGGAAGAGGAGAACUCAGAUGAAGAUCUCAUAACCAGUCUAGACAAUCUACACAUUAUGGAAACAACUCUGGUUAUUGGUGAUUCUGCACUCAGAAAUCUGCGGCUAGAUACUCCAGAAAUCAGGAUCAAAUGCAUUCCAGAAGCAACAGCACCUGUCAUUGAGGCCGAGCUGAAACUGUUGGCUAAACGUAGAUUUCAAAAGAUUGUAAUUCACGUUGGCAGUAAUGAUAUCCAGCUACAGCAAUUUGAGGACACUAAAAAUAGUAUUGAAUCUGUUUGUAACUUUGCCAGAACAAUGUCAGACACUGUAGCUUUCUCUGGUCCCUUCCCCAAUGAGACCAUGCUGUCACUGAACCGCUGGCUGUUGGAGUGGUGCUCAGAAAACAAUGUGGUAUUCAUAGAUAACUGGCAAACCUUCAGCGAAAACCCUGGUCUUAUUGAGGAAGAUGGCAUCCAUCCCACUUUGGAUGGUGCAGCUCUCCUUUCUAGACAUCUGAAGGAUUUUUUAAGUUAAAACCAGAAAGCAGGGUUAGGGUCUUACACACACCUCUGAACAGUUCGUUCUGUCACCCACUCCCAAAAUCCUGUCCUCACAGACUCCAUAAAACUAAAGAGCCAAAACAGCUAAAUGUGGUUUACUGAAUAUAUUUUUACAGUAAAAGUUAAGAACACAAAGAAAUGCAGUGACACAGUUUUAAGACACAGUUUUGUUUAAUUAGCAGCUGAGAGAGGAAAGAAGAAUUUAUCAGGGAAAUGAGGCAGAAAUUAAUAGCCGGUGUUUGUUAACACUACAUUGUCUGCACAGGAACUCAUGUAUAACUCACAUUCACAACAGCCAAUAAGAGCUCAGGCCAUAAGACGUCCAAAUGCAGGAAACACAAAUUGAUGUUAAAUAAAGGACAAGGACCUCACCAUCACUUUAAUGUGUCUGUUAUAAGACCUUUUUUAUUUCUUUGUAAUAUUUUUUGUCUACAGUGUGACCAUGUAGAGGUCCACAAAUCUGGAAUAAUAUUCAAAGCGCUUUAAAAAUGUCAACAUCUUUCUCCGUCUUCAAACGGACUCUAACACAACAUUUGCUACUAACAUAUGUUUGAUUUGGAACGCUGUGUAGAUUUUUCAAACUUGUAAUCGAGGUGCUAUUAUUUCUAGUUGUCACUGACUUCAUAUAUUAGCAUUUUUUAUGUUAGAAUUUCUAGUAUAACUUUAGGGCGUUUAGUGAUUAAGGUUAGUACAAUAAUGUAGAGGUAUUAUAUAUGUAUUGUCUGUAUAUAAUCUGACGUUUGGGCCAAAUCACUAUUACAAUCAAAUAACUUCACAAAUAAACUGAAACUGUUUCUCUGCGAUUUGAAUUUAGUGUUCAGUUUUUUUGCUAAUCUUUUAGAGCACUUUGUAAAAUGUUUUUGAAUAAAGUUACAGAUAUUAAUAAUCACUAA